GAUUUUGAUUCAGUGCUUUAAAAUCAUAGACAAAGCUCAGAGAAUUAUCUGAGACGGCUGUGAACCCCGUGUGAAGUGUCAGAAUAUUCUUUAUUUUGUUUAUUUAUUUAUUACCAAAUCUUCAACUGACAUUUGAGUCACAUUCUCAAGAAAACAUGAAUAAAACAAAAAAUAAGAAAGCAUCAUUGGUUAUUAGGAACAUGCUAAAAUUAGCAAGCUAGCUAAUGUUAACAACAAGUAACAUCAUUUUGAAAGAACUAUGUGACGGUAAACACCGAGACAACAAGUCGUUAACGUUCAUCAAACUUUUAAUUUUGUGAAUAGCCUUUGUCACUGUUCACGUGGUUGUUGUUUAAUAAAGUUAUUCAUGAAAAAGUCCACUGUUGCUAGGAUACGCUAAACUAUCCCCCUCUGUUGCAAGGACGGAGCCAACUGAGUCUUGUGCGAAUCACAGAGAAGUUUGAGACUGACGGUAACGGCCGGUUCACAGGUCACAACGGCGGGAUGGAGAUUGUCCACGUUUACACGAAGCUCCGCGAAGAGUUUGGCCGCCAGGCUAUAUUCUCUGACCGGCCUGCUGAGCUGCUGGUGGACGUCCUCCCGGACCCGAGUCUGGGUCUGCAGUUCAUCGAGAAAACCCCCAGAGACCAGGCGUUGCAGGCCUGCCUAGACAUGUCCGAACACCAGGUGAACACGGAGCGAUUCGAGUCGGACAGCUGUGGGAUAAACCACGUGGAGGGGGGUUGGCCCAAAGACGUCAACCCCCAGGAGAUGGAACAAACCAUCCGCUUCAGGAAGAAGGUGGAGAAAGACGAGAGCUACAUCAACAGCACCUUGCAUCUGGGCAGCGUCAUGGAGCACUGCAACAGACAGAACAACGCCGUGGACAUCUACCAGGUGUACUUUGAGGACGAGGAGGAGGUCGAGGAAAGUCUGGAGCCGCCAUCUGCCAAGACCAUCAAUGUCUUCAGAGAUCCUAACGAAGUGAAACGUACCGUCACCGGUCUGUCUUGGCAUCCUGACAGCGGCAGGAAGCUGGCAGCCGCCUACUCCUGCCUCGAGUUCCAGAAAACCUCCAAAGACAUGAGCCUGGACUCCUACAUCUGGGACGUUGAGAAUCCGAACAGACCAGAGAUGACUCUGAAGCCGGCGUCGCCGCUCGUCUGUCUGGACUAUAAUCCCAAAGACUCACACACUCUGGUGGGAGGCAGCUACAACGGGCAGAUCGCAUACUGGGACACCCGGAGAGGCAGCCAGCCGGUGGAGUUUUCCUCUGUGGAGCAGAGUCACAGAGACCCAGUCUACAAGAUCAUCUGGCUGCAGUCCAAGACCGGGACAGAUGCAUUCUCUGCCUCCACCGAUGGACAAGUUCUGUGGUGGGAUGUUCGCAAGUUGAGCGAGCCCACAGAGCGUCUGGUUCUGGACCUGGGCAGGGAGGGGAACCUGGAUCGAGCUUUAGGAGCCAUCUCUCUGGAGUUUGAGGCCACCAUGCCGACGAAAUUCAUGGUGGGGACGGAGCAGGGCGUGGUUGUCUCCUGUAACAGGAAGGCAAAGACUCCAGCCGAGAAGAUUGUUUGUACAUACGACGGUCACCACGGGCCCGUCUACGCCCUGCAGAGGAACCCCUUCUUCCCCAAAAACUUCCUCACUGUGGGGGACUGGACUGCCCGCAUCUGGUCUGAGGACAUCAAGGAAUCGUCCAUCAUGUGGACCAAAUAUCAGAUGUCGUAUCUGAUGGACGCCUGCUGGAGUCCAGUCAGACCCUCUGUCUUCUUCACUGUAAAGAUGGAUGGCGUGUUGGACGUCUGGGACAUCCUGUUCAAACAGAAUGACCCCACGCUCAGUCUCAAGGUGUGUGAUGAGGCUCUGUACAGCCUUCGUGUUCAGGAUAACGGGCGUUUGGUGGCAUGCGGCUCUCAGCAGGGCGGAGCCACGCUGCUGGAAAUUUGCUCCGGACUGUCGACCCUCCAGAAGAAUGAGAAAAGUCUGCUGGCUGCUAUGUUUGAGCGUGAGACGAAGCGAGAGAAGAUCCUGGAGGCUCGACAGAGAGAGAUUCGUCUGAAGGAGAGGAGUCGAUCGGAGCAGAGCAGAGAGGAGGAGGGAGGUCGAGAGGAAGGGGAAGAGAGUCCAGAUCAGCUGAUCGUCAGAGCUGAGAACGACUUCUACAGCGUGGUGGAGACGGAGCUGAGGAAGAGGAGGGAGAGGGAGGACGAGGCAAACCGGGAGAAAGGUGUCUGUGAAGAAAAAGAAGUGAAGAACGAAGUGGAAGCUUCAGAAACAUCACAGUGAAUAAAAAUGUUUCUGUCAUUACAAUGAUCCUUCAUUGUUUAAUUUAAAUGUAAUGAACUGAGAGUGUUUUCAGUCAAAUGUUUGAUUCUAGCUCAGGGUAAAAUGUCCAGUGAUUGUGAAUUUUGUUCAAUAAAAAGAAUUUAUAAUUA